CUAGGAGGCUUAUUCGGGAACACAGGGUAUGUAACAACAACGCUUUCUCAAAUAAUCUCAGUUCAAUUCGAGUUUUCAAUCAGUUCAAAUCUGGAAAAAUGAGCUCCGCACGCAGUGUAGUACUUGCCGUGGUGAUCCUGACUGUUGCCUGGAAUAAUGUCAACAGUCUGAUGUGCUACCAGUGCGUCAGUCCGGUCAACUGGGAGCACUGCAUCUUCCACGCCACCGUCCAGAACUGCUCGACGGUGCCCAAGUUGGCCAACUACACGGAGGACAACAUCGCCUGUGGCCGGUUCACGGUGGCCACGACCAAGGGGCCGGACUUUGCGCGGGUUCACAUUGCCCGGUGCGUUCCCAGUGCGAGCAAUCAGACGGACUGUCGAGGAGUUGGCCUGUUGCCCGGGGUUGAGUCGGACGUUACGGAAUGCCAGAAGUGUACGACGGAUCUGUGCAAUGAUUACCUGAAUGUGACCACUUCAGGGGAAGCUAACUGACGAAGGCUUCGGCCACUCUUUGGAGAAAAGUGUUCUUGUAUUUUUAAAUAAAUGUUGUU